AUGUCGUCUCCCAACGCUCCCGCCUCUGCCGCCUCUUCCGUCGCAGCCUCUGUUUCUGAUACCGCUGCCGUUGGAACCUCGGCGACCGCCGGCACCUCCGCCCCGGCGGUGACCAGCGCGUCCCCGUCAACGACUGCGGAGCCCUCGUCAUCGACCUCCGUCGAGGACACGUCGUCGGCUGUGCCCACGACCUCAGCUGAGCCUACCACUUCUGCCGAGCCCACUACCUCGGCCACUUCUGAACUGCCUACCACGUCGUCGACCUCGUCAACGACCACCAGCGAGCUCCCCUCGUCAACAGAGGCCGCUAGCUCUACUUCGGACCGUACCACAUCGGCGGCUCCCACGUCCGCGACCGAGCAGACCACCUCUGCAAAGGUCGUCACGUCAGCCAGCGUUGUGGAGACCACGGACGGCACAUCGGUUCGUCAGUCCACCAUUUAUUCUAUUGUGACCGAGACAUCAACUGGCAAGACCAGCGCCACCUCGGCUGCCUCGUCCAGCAGUGUGGGCCAAAAGUCCAACACUGGCGCUAUUGUCGGUGGUGUUAUUGGUGGUGUUAUCGGCGCUGCCGUCCUCGCUGCUGUCCUCUGGUUCCUCUGCGUCAAGCGCAGGAAGCGCCCCGAUGCGUUUGACGACAAGAUGUUUGACCCUCACCACUCGAUUCGCCACUCUCAGGCCGACCCGCUCGACCACCUCACGCCCACCACUCCCAACAUGGGCAUGCUCGUUGACGAGAGCAAGAUCGAUGCCUUCCCUUAUGAGGAGCCCAUGAACCAGCACGACCUGCAAAUGCACCAGAUGCAGCAGGCGCACGCCAUGGAGAUGGACCCGCACGCCAUGGAGAUGGGCGAGCACGCCUACGACCCGUACGCGCACGCCCCCACGCAGCAGAUGCAGAUGCAGAUGCCCGACGCUCGCAACUACAUGGGCUCGUACAACUCGUUUGCCGACUCGCCUUACGCGCCUGCCGCCGCCUUCGCUGGCGUCGGUGCGGCUGGCGCCACCGCUGCGUACAACGAGGCCGAGUACGCUCCUCAGACCGAUUACACCAGCGACCCGUACGCCGCCGCUCCCCCCGGCGGCAUGUCGGCUGCCGCUGCGGCCAAGCACCGUGAGGGCCAGAUGGAGCGCGACCGCGCCCUGUCUCCCGAGUCCACCUACGACGUUGGCAGCUCGCGCACAAGGAGUGCCCAGUCCCACUACGACGACGCUCUGAGCCACCAGGACCACGGUGCUUCCCCCACCGGUGGCCAGCUGAGCCAGAUCAACGAGAUCCCCCCCGUGUGA